GUUUAUCCUGACACUCCCCCCGACCCCAAACCAAGUAAGAAGUUUGGGCCUGAAGACUUCCUGUAGCAAGCAGCUAUGAAAUAGCCACGUGACUGUAGCCUAAGUUUUUUCAGCGGUUGUUCUCUGAGGUUGUUCUGUUUUGCCUUUUCUCGUGGAGUCAAGUAAUUGCAGAGGUGAACAUGGCUGAUGUCUCGGAAAGGACAUUACAAGUUGCAAUACUGAUUUCCUUUGCAUCGGGGUUUCUAGCAGGUUGGCAGGCCAACAGAAUGAGAAGGAGAUUCCUCGACUGGAGGAAGAAACGUCUACAAGACAAACUGUCAGAAACACAGAAGAAACUGGAUUUGGCAUGAGACGGAAAUUCGUAUUUUGUGGAUUUUAGGACUACUUGAGGAACAAUCAGGAAAUUCCAGUUGUCACGUGGACUACAGUGUCAUUGAUAUGAACACCGCCAAGAACCAGCAAUGGGACUGAAGCUGACUGACAACAUGGCUUUGCAAACCGCGUGUUUUACUGCGGGGUUUUAUAACCAAAACGUGUGCUCUGGUGUUGGUCUGCCCUUCAUACGUCCCUGUUUGUAACCACUCUUUACCUAAAUUAAUAUAUUUUUGCUGUAAAAUCACGUUGGCUAUGUUCCAUUUUCAUUUAUGUAAUUCCAACUCGGUGUCUCGAUUUUUUCGCGAGGAUUGAAAUGCUAUUGGCACACACGCCUCCUGAAAUGGCUCGCAAAAUGUAUUAAAAUGUGAUGGUCAAGAACA